CGCGUGAAUUUAACACUCUGCAGAAGGUUCCUCGAGUCACAGUUGCCCUGGAACCUACUCGCAUCAGACCCCCGAAAACCACCCACCAUGGAUCUCAGAGUGCUGACGGUAAUGGCAUUGCUGACACUGGCGAUGCAUACGCACGUAUCGGACGCCAAACCCAUCAGCCUGGUGGAGAGGUGCUGGUGCCGCACCACGGUCGCCAUGCCACAGCGGAACAUCAGAGAACUGAGGUUCCUGAACACGCCCAACUGCUCCUUCCAAGUCAUUGCCAAACUGAAGAAGAACAACCGAGAGGUCUGCAUCGACCCCAAGACCAAGUGGCUGCAGCAGUAUUUAAAGAACGCCCUUGAGAAAAUAAAAGCCAAGAAACAGUCCAACUAAGGAGCCCAGCAGGGGGGACAGCCUGCUGUUCGAACCCACCGCACAGAUACGUAUGUCUGGAAAGCUUGCUGAAACAGCACUUAAACUGCCGAACAGACCUUCAGUCCACCGAUGGCCCCGCCGCCGCCGCCAGUAUAGACACUUCUUUUCUUCUGUCAGCGCAAAGUGCAAUUACAUGUGUGUGAGCUUGAGUUUGUACAUCUGAUGUAUAUAAAAUUUCUUCUUUAAAAAAAAAAAAAAAAACGAAAAACUUUAAAACAUUUGCUUUCUGGUCAAACACGGGGAUGUGAUUUUUCCUGAUUAAUCAGGAAAUUAAGAUUUUCAAAAACCGUACUGAAAAAUUUGUGGGAGUUGUUAGCAGUUGGCUUUAUUGCUAAUGAUUCUCUACUGCUAUCAGCUGGCCGAGACUACAGAAGCAUUGCAAUGCAUUACAUUCACCAUUAUCCACAGGGACAUAGAAAAGUGGAGAUGUCAAUCUCAAGAUUAACUUCAGGAAGGAUAGCCACAGGAAGGAGAGCUAAAGAAGUAUAGCUACAGGAAGGCCAGGUCACAUGACACACCCAGGUCCUGCUCUGAGGCAUUUUAUGGUCUGAAAAUAAGCAUUCCCUGAUUAAUCAAGCAGGAACAAAAUCACUUCCCUGCUAAUCAACUGGGAGGGGCUGGCCGGCAGGCUGGGCUUUGACCAAUCAGAAAGCCCGUUCACCGGAGGGGUGGCGGGGAAACGCCGCGUCUCUGUCUGUCACCUUUCUCUCUUUUCCCCGGCUGUGGGGCGCAUUCCGCAGAGCCGCUUGUGGUGCUGGGACACCAGUCUUGAGUCAUGUUGGGAAAACACAGACCCUCCCACGUCCAUUACCGCGUUCAAUCACUAUUUUAAAGUUUAUGUAACGAGCCAUGUCCUGUGUCUAAAAAUCUAUUUUUAUUAAAAAAAAGGACCACAGUGAAAGAAGUCUGUGUUUUUCUUCUGUAGCCCGCAGACUUAGAAAAGGCCCUUCGGCCUUGGCAUCGCACGCUAAUCUAACUGCUUUCAGAUUUGCUUAAGGGAACAUAGCCAGCGUGUAAUCGAGAGAAACGUCAGCAGAAUUUCUUUGCUCUGGUCCUGUCUGUCACCAUUAAACUGGCAGUGUGUGUGAGCAGGGAUGAUAUGAGACAUGAGUUUUCACAUUAAUAUGCAAGGAGGAGGAUGUUUCAUAAGUAAUAUAGACGUCAAUAACAGAUGCAUGCCUUUUGGGUAGUCCCUUCUUUUGAGAUGUGCCCAAAAGAGAAUGUAACUCCAUACAGCUAGUCAAUGAGGGCGAGGGUGAUGAUCGCAACAAUAUUACAAUACUAUUUUAAUGUUACUAUAGUGGUAGGUAAUAUUACUAAGAACAAUAAAGCACAGAUCAUUUCUUAGUGUUCACAUGGUAUAAUCUCGGGUUAUAAUGCACUUUAAAUGCAAUGCGUUCAUUGAUAAAUAAACUAGCCUGGUGAGCCAAUAAUUUCACAGAAUAUGGUAAAAACAAUGGAAUCUUACUAUUCUGGUUACCAUUCCCCUCCCAACUAUGAAUUUCACAUUUUUGUUUCGAAUAGAAAAUUUCAGUAGUUAUAUUUUUAUAUACUUACAUUACAUUUAUUUGUUUACAAUAUAUAUAUACAGUAUGUAUACUGUAUAUUAAAUCACAUAUUGUCUGUGCAAAAUAAAACUUCGUUUCUGUUUUUAGCUGCUUUAAUUUCUUAUCAACAUAGCAAAUACUUCUUAUAUAUUUUUUGUGUGUUAUCUUUGAAGUAUAUCCUGCGAUUUUUGAAAUAACCAUACAAUAUGAAGGUGUUCCCAGAAUGCACCAGGGACCAUUGACACUGAAUUUUCAGAAUUUCAAAAUGGGAACAACUUACAUUUAAAAUAAAAGGCCGGCAUUGCUCAAAAAUCUAAAAUUUUGAUGGGAUUCUAAAUUACUUUGGCACAAUAGCAGUCAUUCAGUCAUUUUUUUUAUUUUCACCUUAAAGAUAGCAUCCAAUUCAGACCCAAGCAACAAGGUGUAGAUUAAUUAAAUGUGUGAUGAAUCGCCUUCAUCGAUAAAUUUAGUGUUGAGAAACAGCGGAUCUCACACACCCAGUGACUCACCGAAGGCAAAAGUGAAUACGUCCUCUUUAGGUCAGUGCUGACAUUCAAGGUGCAUUCUGGGAAUCGUGUACCGAGUGCAUAAGUAGGAACUAGAAAUUGUUUUUAAGCACAAGGGAACAACUGAAGCAGUAUUGCAAACCCAGGAAACUGUUUGACAAAUCCAGCGUGCACAAGUGGAUAGCCCUGGAAAUAAUAUGUUUGAACAAAGAUAUUCUAUAUACAGAACAUAUAUAUCAGAGAUACAAAUCGAGGAGCUGAAGACCCUUGGCCUUCUACAUUUUUGGAUGCAGCACCAAGAACCCCUGAUCAGUACAUAGAAUCUCUAGACAGUACACUAUAGAAACAGAUCCAAUAAAAUUUUACAGAACACUUUCCCAGGUUUUGUGAAUUUUACAGAAGGCCCUCUGUGUAUUUAAAACUUGGAAGCCCUUUUUGUUUCUGUUUUAGUUUUGGUUGUUGUACCCUAACCCAUUUAGUCCAUUUCAUACAGGCUUACAGCAACAAAAGGUCCAUUAUUGUCAACCACGUACAACUCAGUUAAUUCCACCCAACUAAACUAUCCAUAGCAUCAGCAAGCAAAUGGCAUCUGUUUGUCAGUAACUAUUUCCAUAUAGCAGAUAAAGGUAUAGUAGCUAUAUGCAUGAGCAGCAAUGUAAUCGUGUAGUUGUCUUUAAUGUGUACAAGCACACUUUUUAACCCUGGUAGAUUAAAAAAGUAGUAGGUUGAUGUAGUCUGUUGUUUAACCAUUAACCCAAUAAACUCUAAACUCCUCUUUCUGUAAACUGUGAGUAAUCUCAUGCCCUUAGUACGUACAUGUACAGAUACGAUACGUUUCGCCAAAAUGAAAAUAAUCGUGCACUUGGGACAACUGUGGAUGAGAUUUAAAAAACCACUUAAAAUAGACAUGUGCAUGAAUACACACAUGCAUUACAGGGACCUGAAAUAUGCUUGCAGCCACAAUGGGGAGUUCUGAAUGUUUUGGGGCACCUAAGAGAAUGUGUAACCCAGGGGAAGCCUUUGGUUCAACAUACAAAGCGUUUCUGAAUCUUUGUGAGAAUCGCUGUUCUGAGCUGAACACAACAGAAUUUGUCUUAGGGUUCAUUUUAAAUACUGAUGUUUUAAAAAUGCAUAUUUGAACACCAACUUCCAAGUUAUAAUACUUCACACACCGAAUGUUUUUCCAAGAGCAGCCCAAUGGUGCCCUUUAAGGCAUUUAAUCAUUUGACCAAAAAGCCCCCGUUGUUUUUGAAAUUUAUGCGCACGUAUAUUAGUCCAUGUAAAAUGGCAUUUGCCACAGUUGAUCUGGGUAAAAACGUAAAUACAUGAUCAAAUGACUCAACGCAUUAAAACAAAGUAAUCUGAUGCUUUGGUAACUUCACAACACAACUGGCCAAAAUGAUAUACUCAACCAUUACUUGCAGGCAAAAGGUUUUAAGGAUCCUCAUCCAAGAAAGUUGUCACACUAAUUAUAAUGUUCACUACAUUUGUGGUUUCUUUCUUGUUUUCAGCCUUAUGUAUUUCUGUCUAUCAAUGUAUGCUUAUGUGUACAAUUUUCCCACUAAAUGUGAAAAUAAAUACUCUGUAAGGCAGCUUACAUCAUACAUGUAUCACAAUUAUAAUUUGUUUUUAUUUAGCUUUAAAACUAUACUUCACUGUUUGUAUGCCAGCUCCUGGUAUGUUUUUCUAUUCACACAACAUUUUUAAAUAAACAAACAAAAAAGCA